AUGGCUGAAUAUCUCGCUAGUAUCUACGGUACUGAAAAAGACAAAGUAAACUGCUCCUUUUACUUCAAGAUUGGUGCUUGCCGUCAUGGAGAUCGCUGUUCUAGAAAGCAUGUCAAACCUACAUUCUCACAAACACUCUUGAUUGCCAACAUGUAUAAAAAUCCAGCUCACGAUCCCAACAACCACAUGAACGAAGCUCAACUUCAAAAUGAUUUUGAUUUAUUCUAUGAAGAUGUGUUUACAGAACUUGCAAAAUAUGGCGAAAUUGAAGAAAUGGUUGUUUGCGAUAAUGUGGGUGACCAUUUGGUUGGUAAUGUCUAUUGUCAAUUCCGUUUAGAAGAGUCUGCUGGUAAUGCAGUAACUAGCUUAAAUAAUCGAUUUUACGCAGGACGUCCACUAUAUGCAGAACUAUCACCAGUGACCGACUUCAGAGAAGCUUGUUGUAGACAGCACGAAAUAUCAGAAUGUAACCGUGGUGGUUUCUGUAAUUUCAUGCAUUUGAAACAUCCCUCUCGUCAAUUACGAAGAGAAUUAUACGAAGGACAAAGAUUGGAUAUAAGAGAGAAACGCAGAGAAGAAAUGCGUCGCGAGGAUGAGGAAAGAAGGUCAAGAGACAGAGAUUAUCAACACGAAAGAUCUGAUUACAAAGCCUCGCCUGAAAGAUCUGAAAUCAAGCAAGAGUACUAG